AUGAUUGCCGGAGAUUGCAACAAGGGUCAAGGUGGGAAUGAUGCAUUUGUAAUAGAUGGAUGGGAUGGGUAUAACAAAUCUGAUAGGCUUAGAGAUCAUGUAGGCAGCAAAUGUAAUAGUUUUCAUAACACGACUGUGAAAAGAUGUGACAAUUUAUUGAAGCCCGGCCAGUCAAUUGGUGAAGCCAUAAACAAGCAGAGUAAUAUCACUAAAGAGAACCAUUUGAUUCGAUUGAAGACAUCCAUUAAAGCUGUCCGAUACUUGUUGCAUCAAGGCUUAGCUUUUCGUGGCCAUGAUGAAACAGAGGAAUCUCCAAAUAAGGGAAACUUUCGAGAGUUAGUACAACUUUUGGCUGAGGAAAAUGACAAAGAACAAAUGGCAGUUGUCUUAUGGUAUGUUGACAAACUUGGGGUAAUAAAGGAGAGACUUAUUGCUGUUGUUCAUGUGCAAGAGACAUCAGCUUCAUGUCUGAAAUCGAACAUUGAUAAUUUAUUUGCUAAGUAUGGCUUGAGCAUAAAACAAAUUAGAGGACAAAGUUAUGAUGGGGCCAGCAACAUGAGAGCGAAAGAUAAAGAUAUUUUGGAGGCCAUGUUGGAGGUGAAGUUAACCAAGCAGAAAUUUCAGCAAAUUAGAGAUGAUGGUUGGGAUUCUUUGUUGCAGGAUAUUGCUGCUUUCAAUCCCAAGAAUUCUUUUGAGGCUUUCAAAUUUGAGAGUUUAAUGGAGUUGGCUAAGUCAUAUCCUGAUGAUUUUGAUUCAACACAACUAAGGGAUCUUGGUCGUGAGCUUAAUAUUUAUAUUGACAAUGUGAAAGCUGAUGAAAGAUUUGCCAACUUGAACACUAUUUCUGAGCUUGCUAAGUUGAUGGUGGGUACAAACAAGCAUCUGAAUUUUCCUUUGGUGUAUCGACUUCUCAAGCUAGUACUAGUUCUUCCAGUUGCAACUGCAUCAGUUGAGAGGUGCUUUUCAGCAAUGAAAAUUGUGAAGACAAUACUACGGAAUCGUAUUGGAGAUGGAUUCUUGAAUGAUUGUAUCGUAUGUUUCGUGGAACAAGAAUUUCUAGCCACAAUUCCAAUUGAUGAUGUGAUCACUCGCUUUCACAAGAUGGAGGACCGUAACCACAGAGGGAACCUAUAG